AUGAUGCUGAAGCGAGAAACAGUUCAGUUAGCUUAUUUAUAUUUCAUUCCUAAACCUCACAAGGCAGGAACACCAUUGAGACCAAUUGUAACGCCAAUGAAUAUGCCAACGACAGGAAUUUCAAAGUUUUUGGACAAAUUAAUACAACCGAUAUUUGAUAAACAUGCGCGUUCAACCACAAUAAUUGAUGGAGUUGAUUUGAUUCAUCGUUUAGAAGCAUACACAACAAAUGGGCAUCUCAUUUCAAAAACUUAUUUGUGUACGUUUGAUAUUACAGAUUUAUAUGCGAUGUUACCACAAGAAGAAUCACUUGAUAUUCUAAUUGAAUUUCUCCUUCAAUAUGACUAUCAAAAAGUUCAAAAUAUUCCAAUUGAUAUAAUUCGAAAGUUAGCUCUUAUCGUCAUUAAAGAAAACGUUUUCGUUUAUGAGAAGAAAUUCUAUCGACAAGUCAUUGGUGGUGCGAUGGGCUCAGCAUUUACUUUAACACUAGCUAAUAUUUUCAUGUGGAAAUGGGAGAAACAACUUGUACACCGACUAAAAUUAUCCAAUGAAAUCUACGGGCGAUAUGUUGAUGAUAUUUUCUUUACGUCGAACGACUCACUAGAAUCUAUCGACCAAAUGUUAGAUGAGGCUAAUAACUUUCAUCCUAACAUUAAACUAGUGCGACAAAUUGGUAGAAGUGUUCCAUUUCUUGAUGUACUCAUUGAGAACAGAAAGGGCACUUUAACAAUUUCAGUGUAUCAUAAAGAAGCAGCUGAGCCGUAUGUCGUACCAUUUGGAUCAGAUCACCCUGGUCAUGUUUUCCGAAACACUGCUGACACUGCUAUUACGAGAGCAGUUCGUUAUUCAAGAACCUUAUCUGAAUUCGAAGAAGAAAUACGACAAAUGAAACUCAUGUUUCUCUAUAACGAGUACUCGCCAAGACAUAUCCAUCGGCGGCUCACUACAUUAUUCAGUAAAUAUUUAUUGAAAAACUUUAUUUUGCCUAUGCUCAAUAACUGUGAUGAAUUCGGUUAUUUACGCCAUCAGUUAUUGGCAACAUCAAGAGCUACAACAGCCGAUAAACUAAUCAGAACUUCAACUACCAAUCAAACUCCUUACAAAAACAUGCAAAAUCAGCUGCUACAACCUACAGACAACAACGAAUUAAUAAAAGGAAAAAGUCUCAUAAUUCAUCAUAGACAUGAAAAACGACUCCGGAACACUCGCCGACAGAUUCACGAACUAUGGAACAGUGUUUUUCACGAAACAGAAGUUAUCGAUAUUGCUCUUAUGGUCGGAACAUAUCUCAAUCAGAAUUUGAAACAAGAAUUGAGCGCAAGAAUGAUCAAGCAUAUUCAAAGUGCUGGAAGCAGUCAAGAGGGCCAAACGCGACGUCCGCCAGAUAAGCAAACAGCGAAUAUUCAAUCGAAACAAAGAAGUCAUUAA